AUGGAGCUACCCGAUAUAGACUUUGCUGCGACAAGGUCGACGUGUUUCAGAGGAGUUGCACGAGUACCACUGCAUGCCUUGAACUUUCAAAACAGGCUCGUCUUGGACAAACAUCGGGAACUUUCUGAAGAAAAUGUUAGACGGCUACAAAAUAUCUAUGAGCAAGUUGGCUGCAACCGGCUAGAAGAAGAAAAUGUUAUCAACGCAGUCAUUGCAGAUGAAGAUCUAGUUGCAGAGUUGUCCUCACAAGGCAAGUCAAUAGAAGAUUUUUGCAAUCUUCAGUGGCCACAGGAUGCGCUAGAUCUACCUCUCGAGUAUGUAGACUGUCUUUCGGGAAUGCACCGUAUCGAGGCGGCGCGACGAUUCUUAGAUGAGAACGACAAAUGGUGGGUCGUGAGACUCUUCUCUCAUAACACGCCCAAACCAGUAUUAGCACAAAUCAUUGAGUCGUUUGCCAACGAACAGAAGCCUUCAGACGGAGAAGUUUUCCGAAAGAUAAGACUAUAUCAUAGAGAAAAUGACGAAGAAGCCCAAAAACGUUGGUGGUCUCGUCUAGAGAAAUCCAAACCAAAAGAUUUACGGCAGCUCCUGAGGAGACCAACGCUCAUUGCUGGGUUUGACGCUCUGAUUGACAUGCCAGGGCUAUGGGCCAAGGAGAUGGCGCUUUAUCUUGACUAUAUAGCCAAAGCCUGGUCUAAGAUUUUGCGUUGCGGUGAAAGGACGUUACCGUUCUCUAUUGUAGACGCGGUCACUGUGCAAAAUCUCCAACUUCUCGCCCCUGCACACUCGGACAUGGACAAAAACUUGGUAAUUGAGUUGAUGGAACGUAGGGAUAUAUUCUCUUCCCUGAAGAGCGGUACCAUACGGAGGACGCUUACCGACAACUUGUGCGCUUUCCCGGGCGUCAUCCCAUCGUUAUGGGGGUUUUUUGAGAUGCUCAAAUACCUAGAGCCUCUUGCGGAAGCGCUUAGACAUCUAUUGGGCAAGGACAUGAAACGUACAAUACGGUCAAGCCUUAUGGGGCUGUAUUUCGCCCCUAGUAAGAUCAUGGUUCAGACUACUGAGACUCAGGACGUGGAGAUAAAAGUCGCACUCAGUCGGAAGCAAGCAGGAAUGAUUGCGUAUACCGAGCUUUGGGCAUUCUGCGGUCGCUACUUUGAUGGUUUAACUGCAUUCACACCGAGGAAAGAGACUGGAGAGCCAAAACCUACUGUGAAUGGCCCUAAUCCGGUAGUCUGGCAGCAUCUCGCUAGGUUUGCGGUCUCUCGAGGGUUCCAGAUACCACAUGCCCAAGCUCUGGUGGCGGAUGAAGGACGUUUACGUUCACAACUCGCACUAGAGUAUCUUCAUAAAGCAAGGCCAACGUGUCCCACGUUUUCUGACAACGACGUCCGAAAGGUACUUGAUGCUGUCCCAGUAGACAUGGAUAUUUCGCAACACCAAUCCCCUUUACCGUUACCGCACCUUAGUAUUGACAGGCGAAUUGGUCGUCCAUUUGCAGGUGACUUCGCCGAAGAGAAGAGAUUGCUCUUCUUUCCGCACUUGUAUGGGCCUGUGGUAUUUGAGAAUGCAAGUAUCAGCCUAAUGCGAAGGGAUCUAUUCUCGUGCAUAUUUGGUUCAUUUACAUUCGAAACCAGUGAUUUUGAAUUGGUCACGAAUUCCGGUAAACCAGCGCAGGAUAGAAUGGAUAUAGAUACCCCCUCUGAAGUACUUGGAUCAGACACGCGGCUUACCGAUUUGGAGUCACGUUGCUCAAGGCUCCAACAAGAGUAUCAGAGUCUUUUGUCACAGCAUGACACUCUAGUAAGGAAAUACGAAAUCGAGCACAGCAAGACCGAGGGGUUAGAGAUUGAGAACUUGGAGCUCCAAGCCAAAUGCAGGGAUCUUACCCAGAAAUAUUCAGCACAGUGUGAAGCAAACGAACUCGAAACGAACACGGCUAGCGACGAAAUUCGGAAAGAUCUUGACAAUCUACAAAAUAGACACCAUCACCUCGAGGAUGCCUACAACCGUGUUGUACUAGAACAUAAAGACUGCGACGCGACUAAGAAACAGCUCUCUUCUUUAGCGCGACAAUGGAAGGCGCAGGGGGAUAAGAACCUUGAGCUUAACUCUACUUGUGCAAGACUGAAAAGAGAGCUGGAAGAAGCGCUGGCAAACCGAAAGUUCGAAGCAGCAACAGUCGACAGAGGCAAAUUAUUAAUAGUAGUGCCCGAACCUAUUGAAGCAACGACCAUGUCAGCACUAGAGGACAGUGAUACUACACCAACGAUUGAUCAACCACUAUACUCUUGGGUACCAAGGACCGAUCAAAGCUCCUACGAGAUGUUCUUUGCCUAUUGCACUGCCAACGGUGGUAGUGCACUUCAAGGCUGGGGAUCUCUGAUCAGUAUGCAAGCGGAGUCGGCGUUACCUAGAAUCGAACAACUUCUACACCAGGCUGAAAUGGAAUUCGGCAGUGAUCAGUAUGGAGCAAUGACAAUCUUAGGCAAGAUUAUCAUACUAACAUCAGCCGAAUAUGUAUUCCAAUGCUUCGGGCCAACACACCAAACCAUCUUCAUUGGACCAAACUCCGUAUUAUCAGCCUACGUCCCUGUCAUUGAAAGACGAGCUUCUUCAUCUCAAACAGGCUCAUCAGUCAUGACAAUCAUAGAUGCUGCUGCACAAGCAACCAGCAAAGCGCUUGUGAAACGGCAGCGACAGGAAGACGAUUCCGAAGACGACGAGAUUACAAAUGACCGGGGAUUUGGGAAAGAGUUGACCAGGUAUACCACAAAAAAGAGCGUCCCAAAGCGAAGGAUAUUGAGAUUGCAAGGUCCCGACGUACCCGAUAUGAACACUGAGAGUAGAGGGCAUGUAGAUAGCGAACAUUCUAGCGAGCAGCAAAAGCUAGCGUAA